AUGCUGAGAGGAGAUCUAGUCUUCCAAGAUUCUGCCCAUGCAUCUCCAACAACUUCAGGGGAAGCAGAGAAGUUGAAGCAUGACACUUUCAAGACUUACUUCCAACCUCAGGAAGUGAAGGAGCUUCUUCUGGCUGGCCAUGGAGAGGUCUUUGAUGAGGAGGGAGCGAUCAAGAGAUCUUUCGUCGAGAGCGUUGCGGGAAAGAAUGGAACCAAAGUUUUCGUCUCUCCGUAUUUUCCCGAAGAUUUUCCCGAAGAGAGGGUUGGCAGAAUUAUGAGUACACAGGAUCUGGCUCAGCAUGUACAUCAGAAUCUGUCUUGUCAGGAGAAUAUCAUGCUUAGAAAGCUGAUUCCUUCUAAUGAGACUGUCGUUGCCGAGUUGCCCACCGUCGGCUUCAUCGGCUUUCCUAACUCAGGCGAAGAGCUUGCUGGGUCAGGAAGUAUCUUGCUGACAGACAAGAAUCUCUACUUCCUCUGGAGCAACUACAAGUGGGAAGCCGCUGCUGAGGAGACCUUGAAGGGAACCACAAUUUGCCCGUGUCCAUGUGUCGGGUGCUGGGGCUGCUUUCAGUGUUGCAGGACAUACUCGGGUGGAUACUCGCACCUGGGCGUGCGAGAGUCGGAGGACAAGAUCAGUUCUGUGCCCGUCAGCUACCUCACACCUGGAGGGGUGAAGUGCGAACGAUCUGACAGACUGAAGGUUCUCCGCAAUGUAUCGUUGUCCAAAGAAUGCUCCUCAAAGGACUGCUGCUGCAGCUUCUGCUGCAGCUGCAAGAUUUGGUGCCUUUCACUCUGCACCCAGUGCCGCUACCAUGGUGAAAUGAGCUUCAAGUUUAGUAGCGAUCAGAUGAACGGCUCUUCCAUCGAAUCCAAGAUCAUCAAUAACAUCAGGAACAAAUCGCAUGAUGAGAAGAUCUACGACGGUCGCUUUCGUGUCCUGAGCAUCAAAUUCUUCGACGUUUCAACCAAUCAGGUGCAUCAAGUGAACUGUGUUGUCGACAAGGAUGCCGUUCCUCUGGAAGAGAUGUACAAGUUCAGCAUGACCAUCAACUCUGCUUGCAAGGUGCAAGAUUAUCUCCAAGGCUAUCAGCAGACCAACUCCAUGUCGUUUGUCGACUCCGGCAGAGUGCGAGGGAUCAAGGACUCGGUGAUGGAGAGGAACGCGCUGCUCGACCUGUUGAAGAGUUUUGUGAACUUGAUGCCUCUGAAAGUCUGCUGCUCCCUUGGUGCUCGCCGCAGCAGCAGCGCUUCCACGUCCUGCAACUGCUUCAGGUCUGGCGUCAACGUGUGA